GUCAUUAACCCCUGUUAUAAAAACCCCCAUUUUCUUAUCAUAACCCCAUAAACAUUUAAAGAAAUGCAUGCUCUUGUAUUUUCACUUUUGUGGGCACACACCAGUGGGCAUCACAUAAGCUUUCUUUUGUUAUUCAGGUUUUUGCAAACAGCAGCUCUCAUUUGUUAUGUUCUGUUGUUCACCAGUUAAUCUGUGAUCAACCUCUUGAUCAGUUCGCUUCUGCUUGAACCGAACCGGGCCGAGCUGAGCCCGGUUCGGCUGGUCUGGAUGAUGACCGGAUCCCACCUGGACCUGUUCGGUCUCUGGAUUUGAUUCAGCAGAAUUAUCCAUAAAUAAACAAACAUAAAGCAGCCAAUCAGAAAGCAGUCCAUCCUCCUCCACUGCGGUUCCCAUGGUAACCACCUUCAGAUGGUUCAGUCCUGCUCAGACUGAUGAUCAAAUAUCUAUAAUCAAUAACAGUCCCUCUGAAUCGCUUUGGAUCUGUGACGUCAUCCCGUCGCUUCACGACGCAGAGGUGAGGCAGAGGAUGAAAAUCUGCUGAUCAGCCAGUCUGCGGCGCUUCUCUCCCUCUCUGCGGGUUUUUCUCCUCCAUCUUCCAGCAGCGAUGCUCCCGCAGCCCGCGCCCCGCCUCGCAGCUCCGCGCGCGGCCAAGCUGUAGCUCCACAGCUCGGUGCGCGGCCCCGCCAUGGUGCAGAAGUCCCGCAACGGCGGGGUGUUCCCCGGAGCGCAGGCCGAGCAGAAGAAGCUGAAGGUGGGCUUCGUGGGUCUGGAGUCCGGAGGGACGGAGUCCAGCAGGGACGGAGCUCUGCUCAUCGCAGGUGGGGACGAAGGUCCUCGGCGUCAGCGCAGCAGCGUCUCUGGAGGAAAGAGACCUCCGAAAAGAAACGCCCUCUACAGGCGGCUGCAGAACUUCCUCUACAACGUUUUGGAGAGACCUCGCGGAUGGGCCUUCAUCUACCACGCCUAUGUGUUCCUGCUGGUGUUCUCCUGCCUGGUUCUGUCCGUGUUCUCCACCAUCAAAGAGUAUGAGAAGAGUUCAGAGGACGCCCUCUACAUCCUGGAAGUGGUGACCAUUGUGGUGUUUGGGGUGGAGUACAUGGUGAGGAUCUGGGCUGCAGGAUGCUGCUGCCGCUACCGAGGAUGGAGAGGACGGCUGAAGUUCGCCAGAAAACCGUUCUGCGUCAUCGGUGAGUCUCCAUUUGCUGCUUUCAUCAUCUUCAUCUUCAUCACUCAACCAGAGGAAACAGAAAUCACAGAAAGAGAUGAGAUCAGGUUGUCCAGAACCGGUUAUAAGAUUAUCAAUGGAACCAGCAUCACAGUGGUCUGACCUCAGUCUGUAUGAUUAAUUGAACUAAUCGAAUCAAUCCCGGUUAAUCGAUUAUUGAAUUAUUCGUCAACUAAUUUAGUCAUUGUUUAAUUGUUAAAUGGAGUACACAGACUCAA